AUGCCUCGCGUUUUUUCCGAUAUUCCCAGAGCGGCAGAAUUUGUGUUGUUGCGCGGAAACAUCCUGAGGCGCGGUCUCCACAAUCUGGGAAAUACGUGCUAUUUGAAUUCAACCAUUCAGUGCCUUUCCAGAAGUCCCCAUCUCCUCGAACUGAUGAGCCUCCCACUAUGCAAUAAAGCCACUUUGAAACGUCCGGAUGGGAGUGGUGUAACCAGUCUCCAGAUUGAUCUGAUCCCCAAAGAACUCAUUGCAACCGCACAGCUUACCGAUCUGGUUCUCCGUGUACGACAUAAAUCGAACGAUACGGGAGCCAGUGCAAUCAGUCCCGGGACACUGCGAAAAUUGGUCAUAGGAAAACACCCGCGUUUCAGCGGGUUCGGUCAGCAUGAUUGUCACGAAUUUCUCCGGGCUCUUUUGGAUUGUUUACGACAGGAAGAGCUAAUGAUUUGGCGCAAAGGCAUUUUGGACAAAUUUCAAUUCCACGAGAAUGCUUCAGAGGAACAGCGUCAGCUAAUUCGUGCAUGGGGCAGAGCAGCAUCGUUUGCCACGCGUGUGGAUCGAUUGUUUGGUGGUAUCAUUGUGAGCUCGCUGAAAUGCGGCACAUGUCACGAUGUGCGUACAAACUUCGAAUUCUUCUUAGAUCUUUCUGUUCCCAUCCCGGAACAGAAAACUGGUGUUGAACAAUCGCCCAAUCGUGAUACAUGUACACGUCGAGGCCCUGAAUGGGAUGACCAAGUCGUUCCGGAGUUCACACCUCAGUUCAGUGCCUGA